AAAUGCCCGCGCGCAAGACAAAGCUGCAAAUAUGCCAGCACAAUGGGUGCGAAAGAGAACACAGCUCGCUCAAAAAACGUCGAACGAAAGAGCUGCCAACACAAACACGCGCUAGACGAAAGAACAACUUUGCAGUUGAGACAGCAACACAAAGCAGCAGCAGCAGCAGCCGCAGCAGCAAACUUUUAACUAACGAAAGAAAAUUAACCACCUAAUAUAUAUAUUUAUAUAAAUAUAUAUUGAGGAGAAAUGUCGACAACGGGCCGCAAGCGCAAGCAGCAGUUAAAGCCGCGCCAAGAUGUACAUCGCUCGCCGGUGAAACGACAAAGUUUGGAUGUGAAAACGGAACCGUUGCUGGCCAGCAGCUAUCCGCUGGCCGACUACGAUUGUGUGGACAUUAAACCCGAUUUGACCGAGCUGCAACUACAACUACAACUCGCUGUGAACACAGAAAAAGAAGAAGCAGCAGCAGCAACAACAGCAACAACAACAACAAACACAACAAAAACUUUAGUGGAGGAUACAAAACCAGAGCUGGAACAGCAAAGCGAUUCGGAUGAGGAUGGCUACUCAGAGAUUAACUUUGGUGCGGCAAACGAUGUCUUUUGCGAUGAUGAGGCUGAUGACUAUGAUCCGGAGUGGACGUCACAGCCGACAACGCCACGUUUGAUAUUCAAAUUCAAUACGCCGGCGGGUCAAACGGGCUUGAGAUCAAUUAGAAAACUCGCCUGUCCACGUUACUAUUUCAAUCAGCUGCUGGGCAAUCGAGCCGAGUUCUUUGCCCAGCUCGCCAAGAGCUGCCGCGUGGAGGAGCCGGCCAGCGCCGAUGAGAUGGAAACAUUUGUGGGACUCUGUUUGCUGUUGAGCGAUGUGAAAUUGGCGCAAUUGAGCGACUAUUGGACACGAAAUAUGUAUCCCGGUUUUAUGGGAUUUGCGGCGAAAAUGUCGCUGCUGCGAUUCCAACAGUUGCUGCAAUCGUUGAGCUUUGAGGAGCUGCCUGGCGGCAAUGCGGACAUGGAUGUGGGACAGGCUGGCAAGCUGAUUGGCUACUACAAUGCACGCAUGUCCGAGCUGUAUGUGUGCGGGCAGCAGCUGGUGCUGAACGAGCCGAUCAUCCACUGGAAACAGCAGUUUAGCUACCAACAGGAGUUGCCACCGAAGCAGCGUUGCAAUGCUUUGAUGUUGCAUCUGUUGAGCGAGCACAGUGGUUUAAUUCUGCGCAUCCUGCCGGAGUUGCAGCGUCAUCGCCAGCUGGCGAGGAACUCGCGUCAGUUGGUGGCGCAUCGGAAUGAGCUGGCGCUGCAGUUGCUCCAAACGCAUCUGUUGCAUGGCCACAGUGUCUAUGUGUGCAAAUAUUAUGGCAGCUACGGGCUGGCCCAUGAGCUGGCCCGACUGGGCACGUAUUGUAGCGGACUGCUGGACAGGAAUCGGUAUGGGAACAGCAAGGCGUUGGUCUACCAACAGCUGACGGCCAAUAGCAUUGCCACCCGAUAUGCGGCGACGCCUCUGAUGAUGGCCAAGUGGCGACGACGCGAGAAGUGCGUCUAUUUCUACAGCUCUGACUGCCUGGCCAUCUACGCCAAGGAGAUGUCCAUGCAGAAGAUUAAUGCACGCCCCAAACUCAUCCAGGAGCUGGACUUUCAGCUCAAGCCGGCGCAAUCGAUGCGUCAGCUAUUGAUUAGCUAUCAGCCGAGUUGCGCUGGAUUGGAGCGGCAGCAACAGUUGUGCAUCUAUUUGCUGAAUCUGUUCGUGUUCAAUGCCCAUGUGUUGUAUGUGGCAAAUGCGCAGCCGGGACGCAACAGCAGUGGCAACGCCAGCUGUGGCAGCGAUCCCCACAAACUGAAAACAUACGCCGAGUUUCGCAUGGCCAUCAUCAAGUCGCUGCUCAAAGAGGAUGCACCAGCAGCAGCUGGGGCAACAAAUGUGCCCGACUCAAGUGUCAAUGCUGCUGCAGCAUCGCCAACCAGUGGCAACCGGCGACAGGAGGCACAAUCGAAGCGAGCAGCUGCAGCAACCGUUAAUCGAUUGGGGCUUUCUGCUGCGGAGUCCACGCAUGCGCUGGUGCUCAUCCAGAGGAAUGGCAAAGCGUUACGCAAGAAUUGCCGUCAUUGCCACAAGGGCGGCAUGUUGCAGUUCACCAAAUACAUGUGCAACCUGUGCCCCGACACACCUGGCCUCUGUGUGUCGCCCUGCUUUCGACUGUGGCACGAACAGCAGCAGCUCAAACAGUGAAAUUUUGAAUA